ACUCUUUGUACAGCAACAAUGUUAUUUCGAUUCAUGCGCGGCCGCUUUACCUUCAAAAUUUAUUUCCUUUUAACUAUAAUCGCAUUACUUACAAUUUUUGCGUAUUUGUUUCCUCAUUUUAAAUUUUAUCCUAUUGCACCAGUUACUGUUCCUCCCAAUGGUUUACAAUUGCGAACGACUAGACAUUUGUCUAAAAUAUUAACUGUGGUGUUUCGCCAAUUCGAGGAGUUUGAAAAUGAUAUCGCGGAUACCGUGCAAUCUUUCGUUGCUGCAUUUCCUAACAUGCCUGUGGUCAUAUUAUGUCAAGGUCUACAGUAUCCUCCCUUUCAGUUCUCAGCUUCGAAUGAAACUUUGCGUAACGUCAAGAUUGUACCUUUAGAAUUUCGUUUGAACGCAUCGCCCCAUGAACUAAACCCUUUGACUUAUUUGAAUACUGAAUAUGUACUAAUUGUUCCUGAUUCGACAAGAGUAUCUCGUCGUGUAAUGCAACAGAUGGCGAUAGCUGCCACAACCUUUCCUUCUCAGGGUAUAGCUGUAGGUGUGACUAAUUCUCGACUAAUUUGCCAGAAAGUGAAAUGGAAUUCUGUUGAUUGGACAUUACAAUAUAGUAAGGAUUCGUCAGGGAAACUAUGUGAUGCGAUACACGGCCAGCAUGCUCUAUUGAUAAAAACAUCACUUUUGCAAACUCUGCCACAACCAUUUGCAUUACCUUUCCCAGAAUCUUUGUAUCUACAAACAACUGUAAGAAAUAUAAAGAUUCAAAUAGUUGAUGGUAAAUUUGGUGCGGGUAGAAGUGUACUAAAAUCUCCAGCAGCUAAACAAAAAGCUUCAAAACUUGCGCGGGAUGCAAGAAUAAGUCUUUAUAAAGAACUUGGUGUCAAGAUGGUUAUUAGGGAGGACAGUAGAGUGCAGUGGUUUGGUUGUAAAAGGGAUACACAGCGAUGUUUCCCAUCAGUACAAGGGACUCCAUCAUACAUUCUCUCUGGGCAAAACACUCCACCUUGCUGUCGCAGGAACAUUCGUAGGACUGCUGCGCAUGUGCUACGUACUUUGUUACAGGCAGGUGCUCGUUGUUGGCUCGAGACUACAUCCUUAUUGGGUGCCGUUGUUAGAGCUGAUAUUCUUCCAUGGGCAGAAUAUGCUGAAAUAGGCAUCCAUGCUUCGGAUGUUUCACGCGUAUCAUUGUUGCAAAGAGGUGGGGCGGAUUCUGAAGGUUAUAUAUGGGAGAGAGCAACUAAAGGUCAUUACUACAGAGUGGCAUACUCAGCAACCAAUAGCAUUUAUGCAUUAGUGCUGCCUUUUACUGCUAAGAAUGGAACAAUGUGGCCUGCGGAUUGGGUCAUGGCUCAUCAGAAAGAAUUCCCCGAAAGACAUCUACAUCCACUAGCACAGAUACAAUUUGGGGGUCAUCAAGCGCCUGCACCUAAUGAUGCUCCUGCAUUUUUGGAUUUGAAACUUGGCAACUCCGCAGUUGAGAAAUGUAACAAACUUGGUCCAAAGUUACUGUAUCCAUAA